CGUGAACACGGUGAAGCCCUGCUGACAUUUAGUCACUGGACCAGUUGAGGGGCCGGACGCGGCGCCGGCACCACGCCGGUGCCUUCUCUGCGCUGUGCGACGCCUGGUCCGGAGUGCGUGCCGCCAUGGCGAGCCGUGUAACAGUGAUCGUGCUGCUGGUUUCGGUCGUCUCCUUCAUCGAUGGAUGCAUCAUCUCCAGUCCCGAGUCGCUGGGCAAGUGUCUCAAAAACCUGCUGGAGACGGGGCGCGACAUGAUCAAGAGAAAGUAUGAACCCGUCCACCUGAAGAACAUGAGCCAAGUGAACAAAUCCAGUGUCGACUGGUGGAUUAAUGAAACUCGAGUGAAUGGUCUUUCUGGGUACGAAAUUCACCACCUAAGGAUCGUCGAUGCCAAAAGCUCUGCUCUCAGGUUUGAGUUUAAUGUCACUUGGCCGUCACUAAACCUCACUGCUCGUGGGCAGAUUCGCCACUGUACGCAUUUUUUCGGCAAAUUGACAUGCUUUUUCCUAACGGGGCGGCCUCAUAUUGAGCUGAUCAGGCCGUACGCAAGGCUGGAGACUUUACUGGACCUGCAGUUUAAGAACAAGAAGUGGACUGUCAUCCCUCGAGACACCAGCAUAGCCGUCAGCCUGCCGGACAUCGAGGUGGAGGUGCGGCUGGACGGCCUGCUGGGAGCGCUCGACCAGUUUCUGGGCUCGCCGUCCAAGGAGUACGCUAAACAGCUCACCACGGUCUGGUGGGAGAAAAAGAAACAUGUAGUGGAGGACUGGCUCAAGGCCGAAAUCCAUUCAUUGAUUUACGAGCAUGUCUCACCUAAAUUGGGAGCUUUGCUACUGGGCGUCGCUUAGUAAACAUUCAGGACGAUGCAGUACAUUGUUUGGUUCCUUCAAUCCAGUCUUUGGAAGCUGUUUCAGUAAGGAAAUUGGGCUACAUGAAAUUAUCAGGUUCAAUGAGAUAUACUUUAAGGUUACCUAUUUUGUGACUGAUGAUAAGCCCAGCUCAAGUCUGAUAAAUUGUGCGAUGCACCGAUGAUAGCAUAAAACGUGAUGGACACUUUAUAGCCAUAUGAGAAACUCUUUAUGUCAGCUUUACCGCUAUCUAUUAGUUGUGACUUGUUUUUCAAACGAUUGCCGUUUUGCCAUGAAGCAGAAGCUAGUAGUGUGUAA